CGUGGCCCCGUGUCGAAGGUCAGUCCAUGCACAAUGGAGCUGCCAGAGUAUGCACUGAAAGGAUUGCAAUUGCUGGCCGAUCCCAGCCACUUCUCCGACAAAACCUUCCACAUUUUAGUGGAAGCGGCUUUCGAGAGCCUCCUAAACCCGCAAACAGACGGAGCGACAUUGGAUCAUGCAGAGCUGGCAAAUGUGGACUUGACUUUGGUGAAACAAUGCAAUGUAGCCAUUGCAACAUGUGUUUUGGAGGCUGGAAAACACAACGCCGACGCGUCGACUAUAAGCACGGUACUGGAAGACUGCAGGCUGGGAGGAGAAAGAAUAGACUUAUUUUGUGCAACAUACCAGAAGAACAAAGAUAAAGUGGAAAGCCUACUUGGAGGCUUGGCGAGAUAUCCUUCACAUAUCAUUGAUGCUUCUUGGCGAUUGGAAUAUCACAUUAGGAAUAACCAUCUGCAUAAAGUUAAUCAACCAGCAUAUUUGUUGACCUUGAAUGUGGAGAAUGGAUCCCGACCAGCUCAGGAUGUUACUUUCAGUUGUACAAUGGAGCAAUUGCAGGAUCUUUUGGGGAAGUUGAAGGACGCGGCUAAAAGCAUGGAGAAGGCGAGUCAAAUAGAACCCAUUGAAGAAACUCCUUUUGACAGUAUUCCCUUUAUCCGUGUAUUUGGUUUCAGCAGCGUACUCUAUCAAAGUGACCCUGUGUGGCGGAACCGCAGACUCCCAUUAAAGCUGCUCCGAGAAGGAGAGAGGCGUUUACAGAAGAAAACCGUGCGAUCACAAAAGCCACUACUUAAAGCUAGUGUCGACGUGGAGACUAUCUCAAGGAGACCCAACAAAAAAAACGAUGAUGUGCGCUGUGUUGAGGCUCAUUUGAAAUGGCGUUGCUUUGUCUUACUGCGAAUUUCCAUCGAUCCCGACGCGUCUUGGAGCCGCCUUUCAGAACGCGGCCAUUUUAGUUCGAAAAUGCACCGAACAACACGAAUCAAAAUAACCGAACUAAAUCCUCACUUGAUGUGUGUGUUGUGUGGAGGUUACUUCAUCGAUGCGACAACCAUCAUCGAGUGUCUACAUUCAUUUUGCAAGACCUGCAUUGUCCGUUACUUGGAAACGAGCAAGUACUGUCCCAUUUGCGAUGUACAAGUACACAAAACGAGGCCCCUUCUUAACAUUAGGUCCGAUAAAACUUUACAAGACAUUGUAUAUAAAUUAGUUCCUGGCCUUUUCAAAGAUGAAAUGAAACGUAGGAGGGACUUCUAUGCUGCUCAUCCCUCUGCUGACGCAGCAAAUGGUUCUAAUGAAGACAGGGGAGAAGUCACAGAAGAAGAAAAGAGGAUUAUAACAGAUGAUGAAAUCAUUAGUUUGUCAAUUGAAUUCUAUGAACAAAAUAAGACUGAACGAAAAGGCGCUGCAGAAAAAGAGAAAGCGAAAGAUGAGAUGAAUGACAAGAGAUAUUUGCGCUGUCCAGCAGCCAUGACUGUGAUGCAUUUACGAAAAUUCCUGAGGAGUAAAAUGGACAUCCCUCAUGCCUUCCAGAUUGACGUUAUGUAUGAAGAUGAACCAUUGAAAGAUUAUUACACUCUUAUGGAUAUUGCCUAUAUUUACACAUGGAGGAGGAAUGGACCACUUCCUCUGAAAUAUCGAGUGAGGCAAACAUGCAAAAGAAUUAAGAUCGGGAUUCAACAAGAUGGAGUAAAUAACACCAGUGGAGAUUUAGAAAGUGACUCUGGAAGUGACAAGGCUAAUAGCCCAGCUGCUGCACCAUCCACAUCCUCAUCACUGCCCAGUCCCUGCACUCCAGGGCAGUCUCCUCAUUCACACUUCCCUCAUAUAUCAACAACUAUGAAUGGGUCCUCCAAUACCAACCAUCAAAUUCCAUUCAGCAAAAACAGGCCACGGAAACCAUCUGUCAAUGGCUCUUCAGUGUCUUCAGGCUGACAAUAUUCAUCAAAAAGAUGCAAUGACAAUAGAUACAUGAAGAUCUGUUCAUACAUCUGAUAAUAUAUAGAAAUGCUUAGCAUUAUGACCAUCAUUAACAUCACUGUUCUGUAGUGAGUGGAUAUCUGGUUCAGAACAAAAGAAAUACGUGGCUUUACCACAACUUGAUAUGACAGUCAAUUAUUUCUAGAAGACAGCUUUCAAGUUGCAGGGGAUGCCUAUCUUCAAUGGAUCUACAUCACUGAAAUGUGUAUUGCAAAGAUUUGAGGAGAUAUUUACACUUAUUAUCAUUGGAUUUAAUUAACUGCAACAAAGACCCUAUUCUGAAUGUGGAAAAUGAAAGAAGAAAAGCUGGACAGGAUAUUAUUGUAAAGAUAUAAGCAUUGGAAGAUAAUUUGUAUAGUUUAAUCGCAUUGAAGUUUACUAUAACUGUAUAUCAACAUACUUUUAAUUUUGCCAAACAUAGGCAUUGUGAUAUUGGCUGUACAGAUUACAUAUAAAAGGAUAGUGAUUUUUCACAAAGAUACACACUGAAAAUGAAUUUUAAGAGAAAUGAAAGUUAGAAAGAUGUAUUCUUUGUAGCCAUUUCACUGUGAAAACGGACUGACAAUAGAUGUUGACAUCUUUGGUUGUUAAAUGUUUUCCUGCAACAUUAGUAUGCGUACUCCAAGAAAGUACUGACGUGAGCAACUCAGAAUAACAUUGUUUAAUGAUAAAUAAUUUCAUACUGAAAGUGGGAUGGUGUAAGUGACUUGCCUGUAGAAUAAUAAUAUUUACGACACUUAGUGAUUCUAUUGAUUAAUUAAUUUCCCCGAUCUUAAGAAAUGCUUAAGUACAUUCAAAGGUCAAGUAUGUACAUAUGGUUGCUAAACAUCCAACAAAUCCACCGUACUAUACAUUAGCACAUACUACCUUUGGUAAUUCAGAUAAUUAUUUCCAAAUAUCCUGCCCCUGUAUAUUGCCACAAGUAAAUAAUGUGUAUUAAGGUAUAUAUAAAUGUUUUGUUUGAAAUGUUCAUUUCAUUAGUUUUCAUUUAAAUUAACACGCUGUCCAAAUUAUCAUGCACAACCUUUUAACUUUGGACAGAGGAUCCUUUAUUCAUUGUCAAUUAAAUACACGUUUUAAAUAAUAUGCCACUGGGUUGCAAAAUAAUUUCCAUUGACAUAGUUGUUGUUCAGCAUUGAGCCCAGUGUCAAUCCCUCCUAUGCCAGAUAACAGUGUUGGUAUGGACUCAAAUUAUAUUAAAAUAGAUUUUUAAUUUUCUAACAAUGAGAAAUGAAGAUACUUCAUUGAUGUUGUUUUUAUUAAAUGAUAGUGAUUGAAAAAUCAAAAACAGAAUUGUUUAAAAUGUUUCAGUCUUUAAAAAUGCUAUCUCCAAAAGUCAACUUACUUCAUUUGGUCCACUGCAGAGCAACUAACACUGGGCCUAUUGGUAAUGUUUUAAAAGGGUGGCUUCCACCAGAUUAGUUACAAAUGACAAUGUAAUGAGUAAUGUUCAGUUAUAGAGCUACCACUGCUGACACGGCCAAAGUCACUCUGAAAAUCAGGUUGAUAACUGCAUAGUUUUCGUGCGAAGAAAUCUCUUCUCCAUUUGUUUGGCCAUUGAUAUGUUUAAAUCCGAUGCGCUGAGUUGUCUGUGUUGUACCAAUACAAAAUAAUUUAUGCUCCGAAAUGAAAGCGGCGGGAACGUCGGAUUUCAUAUUAAAUUCUUGACAUGUUCGAAAGUUAAUAUUUAACGCGGUUAAGGUGACUUUCAAUUGCCAGCGUUGGCGGCAUAUACAUGUGCUGAUUGGUAACUUGAAACGUCAAGAAUAUUGAUUCAAAAAGACAUUGUAGUUUUAAACUCUGAUGGCACAGGGUGUUAAAUAAACCGUGGGUAUUUAAAUGCUGCCUUAAAAGAUGUAAAACUGUCCAAGAUAGCUUGCCAUCCGUUCAUCUACUUAAGUACACGUCGGGCCAAUAUAUGGUUGACCAACAUAGUCUUUCUUUCAUUGUGGUCGGCAGUUUAACUCUAUCUCAACAGACACUUGAUGGUAAUUUAUCCCUUAAGGUGGCGAAAUUCUGUUUGUGGAAAGCACGUGACAGUCAUGUUGUCUGUAUUUUGGCAAUGUACUAUUCUCGCUGGUAUUGUACCCAAAUCGACAAGGAAACCAUGCCUUUUUGUCCUACAUUGAAAAAAGCACAAUGCAACACGUGCUUUAACUUUCUUAAAAUUCAAUUAAAAUGAAUGAUUUUGUA